AUGUGGCGCGACCGUACAAAUCUCUAUAUCUCCUAUCGACAAUCAUAUACACAUCACCCCGCAAAGAAACCGAAAUACUCCAGCGCUUCCGGAAAUGGAUAUUCAGAUAGUAUUGGAGGGGCUUCAGAGGAACGCAGAGGACUUAUGUCCGCUGGCGCAUUCGAAGAUGAUGGAGAUGCGAUAAUAGAAAUGGAUUUAUUACCACCGAGAUGGGCAGAUAUCAGCGAUGAAGUCACAGAAUACCUUACGGAUAUCGCAGAUAAGAGUCAAAAAUUAGAGAAACUGCAUCAAAAGCAUGUACUUCCAGGAUUUGAUGAUGAAGAAGUCAAGAAGAAGGAAGAAAGGGAGAUUGAAUUGUUGACACAACAAAUUACCAAGGGAUUUCACGAUUGUCAGAGAGCGAUUCAAAGAGUAGAACAAAUAGUUCGUGAUUCGCGACAUCAAGGAGGAAUAAGUAAAGGAGAAGAAACUAUGGCGAAAAAUAUCCAAAUUUCACUUGCAUCGAGGGUACAAGAAGCAAGUGCAGGAUUUAGGAAAAAGCAAAGUAAUUAUUUAAAGAGAGGCAUGAAUGCACCAAUCGAACGAACAUCUACCCCUCUUUACAGUAAUUACAUCGACCCCUCCAUCAUGGAAUCCGACGCCGAUAAAUCGUUCUCUCAAGCAACCCUCCAACAAACCUCACAAAAGCAGCUCACCUCCAAUGAUGCAGCCAUCAUGCAACGAGAACGUGAAAUUAAUGACAUCGCCCAAGGUAUCAUCGAACUCGCCGACAUAUUCAAAGAACUCCAAACUAUGAUUAUAGAUCAAGGAACAAUGUUGGAUCGUAUAGAUUAUAAUGUGGAGAGGAUGGCAGUAGAUGUUAAGGCUGCAAAUGUGGAAUUGAAAGUUGCAAGCGGAUACCAAAGACGAGGAACGAAGAGACGAAUUAUUUUGUUAUUAAUCCUAUUAGUUGUAGGCAUGUUUAUUUUGUUGUUGGUAAAACCAAAGAAGCAUAGAGGAGGGAUAGACGAAAGUGUAUCACCACCAUCACCACCUUAA